AUGCUUUUGAUAGAAAAAAGUGUAUGUGUUGUCGUUCAGUCCACUCUUUAUUCAUUCCAUACUGUCGGGGGGAUUUGUUCAAAUGUAGCCAAAACCCGUGCAUAUUCUAUUAAUAAGGUUUACGAUGUGGGGCAGCCAACUGCUGUUACUCACCCUGAGUUACUAAAUGAAGGGUAUAUCACACCUGGCAUAACUAGUGAGGAAUAUAUUUCAAGAAGGCAGAGAUUAUUGGAGCUUCUUCCAGAGAAGAGUUUAGCUAUAAUUGCAGCUGCCCAAGUAAAGAUGAUGACCGAUGUCGUGCCUUACACUUUUAGACAAGAUGCUGAUUACUUGUACAUCACUGGCUGCCAACAACCUGGUGGCAUAGCAGUUUUAGGUCACGACUGUGGUUUAUGUAUGUUUAUGCCUGAGGCAAGCUCUCAGGAUGUCAUUUGGCAAGGUCAAACGGCUGGAGUCGGUGCAGCUUUAGACACAUUCAAGGCUGAUCAAUCAUUUCCCAUUGAUAAAUUACAUCAGAUCCUUCCGAAAAUGCUAGGAAAUUCGUCAAAAUUAUUUCAUAAUGUGAAGACAGCCAUACCGACUUACAUGGAUUUGGAGGCUUUUCAGAAACUGGCUUACAAUGGAAAAGUGAAAGAUCUCUCUCCUCACAUACAUGAAGCACGAUGGAUAAAGUCAGCAUCUGAGCUUAAAUUAAUGAGAGAUUCUGCGUCAAUAGCCUGCCAGGCUCUUCUGCAGACUAUGUUGCACUCGAAGGCAUUCCCUUAUGAGGGUAUGCUAUCAGCCAAAGUUGAAUAUGAAUGCAAAAUGAGAGGUGCCCAAAGAAUGGCGUUUAAUCCUGUUGUUGGUGGUGGGCCUAAUGGUACUGUUAUACAUUAUUCUCGGAAUGACCAGAAAAUCAAAGAUGGGGAACUUGUUUUGAUGGAUGUUGGAUGUGAGCUGCAUGGUUAUGUCAGCGAUCUUACUCGUACCUGGCCACCCUUUGGCAGCUUUUCUCCUGGUCAGGAAGAACUUUAUGAUCUUAUUUUAGAGACAAACAAGGAAUGCGUGAAACUUUGCAAACCUGGCAUGAGCAUUGGGGAUAUACACAACUAUUCGGUUGAGAUGCUGCGCAAAGGAUUCAAGGAGAUGGGAAUUUUGAAAACUGAUCAACCUCCAAGUUACCAUCAGCUGAACCCAACCAAUAUAGGUCACUAUCUAGGAAUGGAUGUUCACGAUUGUUCUACAAUUAGCUAUGACCGUCCACUGAAGCCAGGUGUUGUGAUAACGAUUGAACCAGGAGUUUACAUUCCAGCUGAUUUUGAUGGUCCAGAGAGGUACCAAGGAAUUGGGAUAAGGAUUGAAGACGAGAUCCUUAUUACAGAGUCAGGCUACGAGGUUCUUACUGGGUCAAUACCAAAAGAAAUCAAACACAUUGAGUCCUUGUUGAACAACUAUGGCAGUGGAAUGGUUAUGCAGACACAUCACAAAAUGAGAGCUGCUUCCAGUUAG